CCAACCACCAACCACCAACCAUCAAUCACACCACACCACACCACACCACCCCAUUUCCUGAGAAGAAGAGGUCAUGAUGGCUAAUCCAAAACCUUAACACAAAAUCAACAGCCUUUCCUUUCUUCGUAUCCUGGUUGUUGUUGAACCCGCUCGUCAAACGGUCUACGGGAUAUACUACUACUCCGUAGGUAUUCAACCAUCUAAAUGCCUACCUAAUCUACCCGCAAAUUGCCAGGCCAAGACUCCAAGCAACUACCAGAUGCUGUACCACUGUCAUAUUGUGCAUCAAAAUUGGCCCUUGUCAUGUUAGAUAUACUAGUCUCGUAAGGACAAAGCCAGUCAGCCACGAAAUAUAAACCGUUCGAGGGACUCUCGGAGGGAGGGAUCAAAUGAUUCCCAUCACAUCCAUUGAUGCAUUAGCAACUUCAACCCUUUCGAUGCAGCCCGAUUCCCGUCUAUUCGGAAAAUUGAUACAAGGGAUUUGGAAUCAGCCAAGGGUAAAACACAGAAAUUCAUAAUCCAUGGAUUUAUUUCGCCCCCUCUUCCGUUUUGCAUUACCUCACUUUCUUAACGAAUCACCAUGAACGUUCAACCGACUAGAACACCUUACCGAGUGUAUUGUAAUAUUGAGCAAAGAUCCUCAGCGCGUCAGCACAGUUUGUAAGGCUAACGCUGCUUCACACACUCCCUGCCCAAACCCACUUUCUCUUAUGAAUGUAUGAAUGAUAUUACUCCCGUACGAGCCUGUCCUUUCAGAUUCGAUAGAGAAAAGCUAUGUAACAGAGCUUAGAAUGCACAGUGCACAGUGCACAACGUCCUUCAUCCAAUUGUUCCAAAUCAUGGCCGGCGUCGUAUCUCUCUAAAGAAAUUUGUCAUUUGACUACUUGCUUUUCUCACUUCUCCAUCGUACAGUAUAUAUUUCAGAUGGUGCGUAGACAGUACCUGGAUCACAGGGCUAUCCGCUGCAUACGCCAGAGUAUAUCACUUUCCUUAACUUUUAUACAGAAAACAUACUUUAUCGGUAGAACAAAUCUCCCAUGCACGCGCACCAGUUUGAAUUCGGAAACGACGGUACCAUUGUUUGAAAUCAGAAGGACGGAUGGAUCGGCCAUUGUCUACAGUCCCAGUAAUAUAGUGGUAUUGGCAGUGCGGUGAUGGAUGCACGAUCAACGGAGUCUCCCCAAUCGUAUCGAUCAGGCAUUAAACGUCCUUGGGAAGACGAUACGAAAACACCGACACAACAAAAUGGAAGUAGUAAUAGUUGGCAUCGCGGAACAUUACCACCAAUUGAAGCUGGACCACUUUUACAGUAUCCAGUGUAUGACAAUUCAGGAAACUGGGCGACACCGAACAACCAACAUACUCAGAAUGGCGAAAGUUCGGUCGUGAAAAGGUCGCGUUACGAGGGGGGUGAUUACAAAGGAGUAGCGAGGGUGGAUCUAGACGCAUGUGGGAAAAUGCCCCCAUCGCAGGCACACUAUUCAAAUGGAUAUGGUCAUGAUUAUAGUCAGACGAUCCAGAAUGCUUCUACUCUUGUUCAAUCUCCUCGAUUGACCGUAAGGGGCCGGGUGGACUCCCCGCAACAUAUGUCUAAUAUAUGUCGUCAGUGCAGGCGGCAAACGACAUUUGAUCGCGAAGAAGAAUCUUCACCAGAGUGUUGCGAGCAUUGCCAAAAGAACCCUGAAAUUGCCCUUGUUACACAAGCUUGCAGCGUUGGGCUUACUCAGCUAGCGGAGACGCUCCGUUCGGGUAUAGAUUCCGAGAAGCGUGGUAUCAAUCCAGCCCACUCACAGUUGCGUCUUCUUCCUUCUGGAGAUCCACCUCCAAUGAUUGACUUUGGCCUAAAACAAACACUCCACUGGAUACUCACCAAGAUAAACAAAGUCAACGAGCUUGCCGAUAAAUUCGUUCAGCAGAUCCCUCCAGGGUCUUCAAAAGCCCCCAUCAAAAAGGGUGCCAUUCACAGUGUGACUCCAUAUGAUCCUUUAAUCAUCAUGAAACGACGUAUUGAGGAUGACCACCAGAGAACUACAUUGAAUGACAUGGGCACAUCUGAUUCUAGAAUGCACCAAAGACGCAGGUCUAUGGCUAAAUCACUCAGCGAAGGACUUCCACCCAUAAGAACUCAAUCUCCCAACUACACCCAUGUGUCAACCGACAAUACGAGCCGGAGGCUUUCGAGUAUGAAUCCUCCUUCAGCCCCAGCUCGACAAUUGCCAUCUCCACCAGGACGAGCUUUUCCGUCUCCAUCUCCGACCUCGGUCAGCUUCUCAUCUCCUUCAGGGUCGACAUCAUAUACGGGUCUAUCUGGUGGCCCCUCUCAAUCAUCAAACUCCCACACUACUAACCAUAUCCUACCUCCCAUUACAAACGCACAAUCAUCUGAUAGCGCAUUGCAAGUCCAUACAGCAGCGCUUCAACAUGAGGUUUCUAUCCAAAAGAUCGCAUUAUCAUCGUUGCAGAGUGAACACGAUAAGCUCCUUGCUGCUUUUUCGCGGUCUCAAAGUCGAGCGAGCGCCCUCGAGAAGAAGCACGAGGUUUCUGACAUUGAAAUUUUUAGCCUUACCGAAGAGAAAACGCGAUUACAUGCCCAAGUUCUCGAAUUGGAGGGAGACGUCGAGGAUCUUGCGAAAAGUAGGGACACCUACCGACAAGCAGCGGUACAAGAAGGAGCACAGUACGUUGAGAUUGUGAAGAUGGCUAGUCAACUAGAAGAAAAGACUGGGGAAGAGAGAAAGAACUGGAAUAAGCUGAGACUUGAAAUGGAGCAAAGAAUUGAACAAUUGAGUACUGGGAUGAAGGCUCACACCGAAGAUGUUGGCGCAAAGUCACUCGUACCAGAAUGCAUUGAGAAAAAUGUGCCUUCAUCCAGUGAGUACAAUGAUGAAGGAUCAACCGGUAUAGCAUCGACAGAAUCGACUAGUGACGGACAACUUCGCGCAAAGGAUGACCAGGCCAAUCUUCUCAAAGCAGAAAUCGAGCGCUUGCAAAAGCGUUGUGAAGAGGUGGAAGCUGCAUUGAAAGCUGUCAGGCAGGAAAGUCGCUCAAUGGAAAGCAUUAUGGAAGCGUUGAGUAGAGCUGGAAAGGGCAUUUUGCAAAAGGUUGAAAGCGUGUCUCUGAGCCCCGAGACACCCCCGGAACCUCAAUUAGAUUCACAAUCCAAGCCAGAAACCGAUCGGCUAAUACUUGAAGAAUAAAAUUCUUACAUGAUACACGACAUUCAAUACAAGUAAGUAAUCUGCGAUAUGUGUUUGUUCACAUCAUUGCUGGCGUAGAGCAGAUUUCACUCAUACAUCCGUGUUUGAAUGUGGGUUUAUGGAUCUGUGUAUAUGGAUAAACUCAGGUGAUUCAAUGCGUCUUACAAGACAUAAAAAGGCCUUUCUAUAGAUGAUUAGAUAUUUUUGAUCUGGACAUCAAACAAUGAUUCUAAUAUUCAAUACGGGU